AUGUCUUGCUUCUCUAGGAUUUCUUCCCAGGCUGGAGGCAGCGGUUGUGGCAGAGCGUCUGGUGGUGGAAGUAGCUUCAGCAGUAGCAGCAGAUGUGGCUUGGGGGGUGGCUCUGCUUGGGGCUUCGGAGGCUCCAGCAGCUGUGGACUGAGUGGAGGCUUUGGCAGUGGGUUAGGCGGGGGCUUCGGAGGUGGGUUCAGUAGCAGCUCCAUGAUAGGAGGCCACGGAGGUGGCCUGGGUGCCAGUGCAGGCUUUGGUGGAGGCUUUUACAGUUGUGCUGGCUCCAGGGGCAGUGGAGGAACUGCCAGUGAUGGGGGACUUUUCUCUGGAAAUGAAAAGCAAACCAUGCAGAGCCUCAAUGACCGUCUGGCUAGCUACCUAGACAAGGUCCAUGCUCUAGAGGGGGCCAACACUGAUCUGGAGAUCAAGAUCAGGGAAUGGUAUGAUAAGUCUGGGGCUAAAAAUGCAGAAUCUAAGAAAGACUACGACAAAUAUUAUCAAACAAUUGAAGACCUAAGAAACCAGAUCAUUGCCGCUACCAUCGACAACGCCAAGAUCAUUGCACCUAUUGACAAUGCUAGGUUGGCUGUUGAAGAUUUCAGAAUGAAGUAUGAAAAUGAGCUUUGCAUACGGCAGUCUAUGGAAGCAGAUAUAAAUGGCCUUCACAAAGUGCUUGAUGAGUUGAAUAUGACCACAUCAGACCUGAAAAUGCAGUAUGAAAGCUUGAAUGAAGAGCUGGUUUAUCUUAAGAAGAAUCAUGAAGAGGAAAUGAACAGUUCACAGGGGAGUAAUCAUGGGGAUGUGAACGUGGAGAUGAAUGCUGUUCCAGGAAUGGAUUUGACCAAACUGUUGAAUAACAUGAGGGCCCAGUAUGAGGAGCUGGCUGAGCAAAACCGCAGGAAAGCAGAAGAGCAGUUCCGUAAGCAAAGUGCAACCUUGCAAGCACAGAUCUCCACUGAUGCAGGAGCAACCGACUCAGCCAAGAGUGAGAUAUUGGAACUGAAGCGGACUCUUCAAGGCCUGGAGAUUGAAUUUCAGUCCCUAAUAACCAUGCAAGACUCCCUGGAAGGCACCCUUGCAGAAACUGAAGCAAGCUAUGUGGCCCGGCUCUCCCAAAUGCAACUUCAAAUCAGCAGCCUGGAGAAACAAAUCUGCCAAAUUAGAGGAGAGGUAGAUUGUCAGAAUGCAGAAUAUGAACAGCUGUUAAACAUCAAGACCCGCCUGGAGAUGGAAAUUGAGACUUACCGCAGCCUGCUUGAUGGAGAGGGGAAUAGUUCUAGAGGCAAGGGAGAAGUAUCAAGAGGUCUACCAUCUGCUGACUCGGGCACAGACCAAUCAAAGAGAGAGUCAAACAAAACCAGAGUGACCAGGAUGAUGAAAGAGGAUCCGACUAGUAGUCAAGGGCUGUCAUCUCAAGCUAAUUAUAUUUCUGGAAUGAAAAUUAAAUAAGCAGAUGCUCAGAUGGCCUUUGUCAUAGAGAAUGAAAUAACGAGUCUUCCUGGAGAAAUAAACUAUCUGAACAGCCUAAGAGAAAUCAACUCUUUUAGGCCCUC